AUGACACAAGCUGUCCCUCGACAAAGGGCGUGGCCCCCUCGAUAUAGCACGAUAUCCCAGUCGUCCAAAAGUCUACUUGUCGCUCUUCUCAUUGCAAUGCACGCCGUAUCGCCUGCUCAUUCCGUGAGGAUCCCUUUCACAAACUGCCUCAGCGACGCCUACCGCUUGCACGAACCGACGAGGCUGCAAUGGGUUCCUUUAUACGCCGAUGCCGUCUUCGAUACCGAGAACGAGAAACACAACCUUCGAGUCAUUGUUUGGGGAAACGUCACGGGAGCCCGAACGACCACCGCGCUGCCACCGCCCGAUGACCCUUCCUGGAAGGAUGCCAGUGAUAUCAAUGGCAAAAUCGCCGAAACUCCCCAGAGGAAAGAUGGCUACAACACCGCUACGACUUACUUCCCCAAGGUUCACUUCUUGACAUAUGUUCCGUACAACAACGACAAAUUUAAUUUCUGUAACACUUCAUUGGUAAACGGAUCUUGCCCGCUUGGACCUUACUUUGAAGAAGUCGAUUAUAGUGAUGCAUACAAGUUACCUUCUCUUAACAUCACAUGGGACGCCUACUCAUCUUAUGCAUUUGCCUCCCUAGCACCUAGUAUGUCGAUUAUUGAUGGGACUCGCGAUGCUCCUCAGAUUGGCUGCGUUUCCAUGGCGGUGACCCCGGAUCUGGGAGAUCUCUCAUGGCUACUCAAGUUUUUACCCAUGAUAGUGCUCCUUUUUACAGGUUUUGCAGUCGUGUUCUCAGCCAUCUUCAGUCCCUGGGGCUCAUCUGAUAUUUUUCACUGGACUUCCAACUAUGGUCGAGAUGUUGAUCUACUUCGUCUUGUCACGCCGGGCUUUGGAGAUUGCCUUCAGUAUAUCCAAUUUAUCGCGCUAAGCGGUGGCCUCACCCUUGACUAUCCCGGCUUCUAUCAACCAAUUGUCAGCCAGAUGGCCUGGUCGACUCUAAUGUUCAACGAGAGCUUUGUCGCCGAUGCACCAUCAUGGCAAAGCGUUGUCGAUGGUAUCUAUGUCACCAAUGCCACUUAUGGACUUCAAGAGCUUGGUCAAUUGGUUGGCAUGGCUGAGAGUAGAGAUAUCUGGGCCGUUCAGGGCGCAUUUGCAGUGCAGUGGUUAUUCCGAAAGAUCAACAACACCCCCGAGGAAGAUCUGCGUUCAAAGAAUGUCCCCUUUUCCGUUGGCAACGCCGUCCGCAUUGUCUUCAACUAUUUCUUAUUCCCGAUUAUCGCCCUGUCGUGCUUUCAGCUAGUCACUGCUGGCGAUUCUCCGACCUAUACGAUUGCCCUGGCCGUGGUUACCUUGAUUUUCCUCAUAAUCUUCGCGGCAUACCUCUUUUAUCUCAUCAUCAGAACAAGGCCAAAGUCCGUCCUGUACGAUGAUUUGCCGACUGUUCUCUUAUACGGCCCUCUGUAUAAUACAUACUCCGACGAGGCUGCUGGGUUCGCUCUCAUUCCCGUCUUCCUAACAUUCCUCCGGGGUAUCACUGUCGGUGCCGUGCAGCCUAGUGGUAUCGCCCAGGUGGUACUGCUCGCCAUUUGUGAAGUGAUCCAUAUCCUUACCAUCCAUGCCUUCCGACCGUUCCAGCGUUCAACAGCGAUGAAUGCCUAUCAUACACUUUUUGGAGCACUUCGUCUAAUUUCUAUCUUACUAAUGGUAGCAUUCGUGCCUACUCUUGAUGUUUCCGAGGGCGACAAGGGUUGGAUUGGUUACAUCAUCUUAGGAAUCCACGGCGCGGCUUUGAUAUUUGGGUUCUUUCUCAACGCACUGCAGACCAUUAUCGAAGUCGCGGCUCGCAUGCUUGGAGCCGGCGGAGACGACGCUCGAGGUCUGACUCGUGGCGGACUCACAAAGAUCUUCGGUAUGCGACAGCUGUCUCGCCGCAACACACAGCAACGUAACACUGGUCCAUCCCGAGCAAGCCAGUUGUCGACAGCAGCAAUGUUAGACGUGGACGAUAGCGGCAAGUCAGGAUAUGCCAUGCCAAGCGGAAGGGUUCGAAGCGAGUCUGGUGCUAGUCUCGGUGGACUCAUGAACCCUCGGCAUAGGAGCAGCUCGGCGCUCGAUAGCAUCGAUGUUUACUCUGGCAUGCCGCAGAACGUGGAUAGCAGCAGCUCAUACAUGCCCAACACCCCUGGAGAGAGGAGUACAUUUUCGUUCCUGCCGUCCCCCAGCGCGGCCCGCCAUCAUCCUACACAAUCAAUAGAUGCUGCCGAUCCUUACUAUCGACCUCCUCGAAGACGACAGACGAUGAACGAGUCCAUCCACUCCGAAGGACCUGGUGGCUCUAACCCAGCAGAUGUUAAGGGGGCUAACCCAGCUGGAGUUCUAGGCGAUUCUGCAGAUAUGGGCGCCGAUAUUUCUCGAGGAGCAACACCAGCGCCCCCUCCCGCUGGAUACUCUCAAACCAGCAUACCUCCGAACCGACCCGAUUAUGCCACUCGCGAGGUCGACUUUUACUAUGGGGUUCGUGGACCCGCCCUGAACUCGGACGGCCCGGGCCGGAAACUUGGAACUGGUCCCGCCGAUCCAACUGGGCCUGUAGCUACUGCCUCGGGCUGGUUCCGGAAUCUAUUCGGUGGAAAGACAAAGGAGAAGGGCAAGGGUUUCGAAGUUGUGAGGAGCUCACGGAUGCCUCCAGCCAUGAUGGCUAGGAAUGGUGGAGAGUCGCCUCCUGAGGGUAUUCCAGUGGCUAUGGGCGUACUACGGAACGGUCCAAUUGACUCAGAUGAUGAGGACGAGCCUCGACCAAGGCGGUCUUCCGGACGUCAACCUCAAAGUGCUCUACUAGAUGACAACGGUGAUCCUCAAGACUCUGAGCCGGAGAGUCCUGUGCUGGAGCGACCCCGACGUACUUUCAGUGCCGGCAGCGAGAGUUUCCCUCGAGAGCCAAGCAAGUCUUUGUCCAAGGCGCCGCAUAUCGCACUGCGCGAAGCUGAGGAUGACGAUGCCCCAGAGAUUCCUCGGAAGAGCUCCAAGCGUGCUUCUGGCCACUUUGGAGGUAGUGAUCACAGCCGAGCGCCAUCUCUUACCCUCAUGAAUAUGCCAGGCUCCACGAUAUCCUUCGAAUCUCAGUGGCGAGGAGACCCCGAUGCUGUUAGCCGCACCUCAAGUCACCACCGUGCUACACUAUCAGCGUCAUCGCGGCUACCGUUUGAGCGAACCAACUCUCAGAAGCGAUUGUCGUCCAAUUCAUCCAUGGAGUUCCCCGGCGAGUUCACCAACAUCGACUUCAGCCCUUCAGUUGAUGAGCGGCCGGCCAGCUUUGGCAUGGUGUCACAACAUGGUGUCAGCCGAGUUGACCCGUUGCACCGUGACGUGGAUCUGCUCGGCAGCUCCGCUGAGCUCGUCGAAGAUCCUCCUGUCAGACCUCGCACUUGA